AGAGGGGCAGGCUUUAGGGUUGCCGGGAAGUGGCCGGCGGCCAACUUCCGGUUCCGACUGCUGAGGCACGAGGAUCCGGUGUUCAGAUCUACCGGGAAAAUGCGGCCUUUAACUGAAGAGGAGACCCGAGUGAUGUUUGAGAAAAUCGCAAAAUACAUCGGGGAGAACCUUCAGCUGCUGGUUGACAGGCCCGACGGCACCUACUGUUUUAGGCUGCACAACGACCGGGUGUACUACGUGAGCGAGAAGAUGCUGAAGCUGGCGGCCAAUAUCGCCGGGGACAAGCUGGUGUCGCUGGGCACCUGCUUCGGCAAAUUCACCAAGACGCACAAGUUCCGGCUGCACGUAACGGCUCUGGAUUACCUGGCGCCUUAUGCCAAGUAUAAAGUGUGGAUAAAGCCUGGGGCCGAGCAGUCUUUCCUGUAUGGAAACCACGUAUUGAAAUCCGGUCUGGGCCGCAUCACCGAGAACACUGCUCAGUACCAGGGCGUGGUGGUGUACUCCAUGGCCGACGUCCCCCUGGGUUUUGGGGUAGCAGCAAAGUCUACACAAGACUGCAGGAAGGUAGACCCUAUGGCGAUUGUGGUAUUUCAUCAAGCAGACAUUGGGGAAUACAUACGGCAUGAAGAGACCCUGACUUAAAGUGAAGGCGUCACAAGGACUUAAUAGCACAGCGCUGUGGAAGGGCCUAGCUUUGUUUCCUGUGCAGAUGCCUCUUUAUGUGGAAUUUUGUCACCACUGUGACCUCUACAAAGGACUUCUUAGUUUAAUAUUAUGUCUCUAACAAGUGGAGGCUGGAUUCUUACUGUACAGAAAUGCCUCAGAAGUGGAAUUUUAGAUCUUUGUAUUUUUGACUAAGUAGAAUACUCUUAUUGUGUAUUUUUUAUAUUUGAAUCAGAGGGCUUCUUGUUCUGAAUGAUAGAUUCUAAAUCAUUGGAACCAAGGACAAGAAGAGCUUAUCAUUGUUAUCUGUGAUAACAUUUUGUUUUCCAGACUCAUAAGAGCACAAUGGACUUCCAUUUUUAUGACUAUCAUGAAAGAUAUUAGAAUAUAAGAAUAAUAGCCUACACCAGGUGUGGUGGUGUACACCUGUAGUCCCAGGACUCGGGAGGCUGAGGCAGGAAGAUGAGUUCAAGGCCAGCUGGGACUGCAUAGUGAGACCCUGUCUCAGAAAAAUAAAAAGAAUACUAUCUAAUGUCUUCGGUUUUACAAGUGAAAUUUGGCUCAAGUAGUAAGUGUAAGUUUUUGUUGUUACAUUUUAGAAUGAUAAUGUCCAUCAUAGGAAAUUUCUGUCUGUACCUGCUACCGCUUGCUGCCUUUUCCCCAUUUCCCUCCCCUCCCCUCCCUUCAGCCCCCGUCCACUGCUUAUUUACAAAAGCUUGGUUUCCAUUCUUUUCCCUUCUAGUCUUUCUCACCCUUCUUCCCCUUUCCCCAUCCCUUGUUCCUUUUCUCAUUUGAACUUUUUUUUGCGUUUCUCAGUAUCUGUUAUACAUUUUGAUUCUUAUAGUAAGUGUAAUUCAUUCUGCUGUUUUUCCAUACAGUAAGUGUUGCAUAUGUGGAAGAAAAACUUCUAUUUAAACCCCAGAUCUUCUGCCUCCCAGCUUUUUGGCUUUGGAGGGAGUCAUUCAACUUUAAUGUGUUGUUUUCUUUUUAUUUUCCUUUUCCUUUUUCUGUUGGUACCAGGAAUCAAACUCACAUCCUUGUGCCUGCCAAGCAGGCAUUUGUGCUGCUAAGCUAUCUCCCCGGCCCUCUUUUCUUCUUUUAUAAAAAAAAUAGCCUUAAACCAUCAGUCUAGGGGCUGGGGAUUUAGCUCAGCAGCAUAAGCGCCUGCCUUGCAAGCAGGGAGUCAUGAGUUCAAUCCCUGGUACCGAUAAAAAGGAAAAAGACAAAAAAAACGUGGCUUUUACGAUCAGAAAUCAUGAUUGUAAAACAUUUACAAUGCCUGGAAAAUGGUAGGUGCUGAAUAAAUGGUAAGAGUUAUUUUUGUAUUACAGUAUUUCUGUUACUAAACAUAGUAUCUUCAUGUAAUGUGAUUAUGUUGUUUCUUUUUUUUUUUUUUUUUUUUUUUUUUUUUGUCUUUUUCAUUUUUAUCAGUACCAAGGAUCAAACUCACGACCACCUGCUUGCAGGGCAGGCGCUUAUGCCGCUGAAUUAAAUCCCCAGCCCCGAUUAUGUUGUUUCUUUACAUGAUGGGAUACUCCCAGGCUGAAAUGUUCUUUUCAUUUUAAUUUCAUAAAAUACAGGGCUGGGGAUUUAGCUCAGCAGCAUAAACACCUGCCUUGCAAUCAGGCGGUCGUGAGUUCAAUUCCCGGUACUGAUAAAAAUGAAAAAGACAAAAAAAAAAAAAAAAAAAAAGAAUUUCAUAAAAUACAAUUUCCCUUAGAACCCCCUCUUGCAUGACUAGACUGAACCAAAAGCACUAGAUACCAUGAAAUUAUAAUUUAGCUCCUUCAUCCUUCCCAUACUUCCCAAAAUUAUUUUUAGAAUUAAUAAAACAUUUUAACAUGGAUUUUAUUGGUACUUUUUAGAUACAUAUAACAAUCAUAAUAAAAUGUCUUUGUUACUUUAGGGGCAGCACCAGGAAUUGAACUUGGGAUCUCACAGUUACCAGGAAGGCACUGUGCCACUGAGGUACAUCCCUGGCCCAACUUUUUUGUUAUGUUUUGUUUUGGUGCCAGGGAUUGAACUCAUGACCUCGAGUUUGCCAGGCAGGCACAUAAGUUGCUGAGCUACCUGGCCCCUAAGCCCAACAUUUUAAAACGUUUUACACCCCAAAAUUUUUCAGACUGCUUGUGUUGUGAAACAACAAUUUCUUUCUUUUUUUUUAAAUCUGUCCUGGGGAUCGAACUCACGACCGUGUGCUUGCAAAGCAAGCACUUAUACUGCUGAGCUGAAUCUCUAGCCAAAGAACUUCUUGAUAUACUGUAUGUUAUUUUUAAUUCAAAUGUUUAUAUCCUUAAAAAUAAACAUUUUAAACUACAAAAA